CGCCCUGAGCGUGUGUGCGGGGCCCGGAGCCGGGCCGGGCGAGUGGCGUGCCGCCGGCGCCGCCGCUGCCAUGGGGAAAGAAGGCAGCGGGAGGGGGUGACUCCGCGCCCUUUCCCCGAUGAGACUGUGGCUGAGCUGGCUGUGCUGCUACACCCUGUUCCUGUGGGUGCUGAGGAGGAAGAUGUGGUCUGGCCCUGCCAGGUACCUGAGGAGCCCUUUAUCCAGGUCCCUCUACGCGAAUAUGAUGGGCAGCCACAGCCAGCCAGCCCCGGGCGCCAGGGAGAACCACCAGUGGUAUGUCUGCAACACAGAACAGUUGUCUGAAUCCCUUCAGCCUAUUUUUGUCCAGAGUUACCUUGACCAAGGAACACAGAUCUUCUUAAACAACAGCAUUGAGAAAUCAGGCUGGCUGUUUAUCCAACUCUAUCACUCUUUCAUGUCCUCAGUUUUUAGCCUCUUUAUGUCUAGAACAUCUAUCAAUGGGCUGCUGGGAAGGGGUUCAAUGUUUGUGUUUUCCCCAGAACAAUUUCAAAGACUGCUUAAAAUAAAUCCAGAAUGGAAAUCCCACAGACUUCUCGAUUUGGGGGCUGGGGAUGGGGAAGUCACUAAAGUCAUGAGUCCUCACUUUGAAGAAAUCUAUGCCACCGAAUUGUCUGAAACCAUGAUAUGGCAGCUUCAGAAGAAGAAAUACAGGGUGCUUGGUAUAAAUGAAUGGCAAAACACAGGAUUUCAGUAUGAUGUUAUCAGCUGUUUGAAUUUGCUGGAUCGAUGUGAUCAACCACUAACUGUAUUAAAAGACAUUAGAAGUGUACUGGAGCCAACUAGAGGCAGAGUUAUUCUAGCAUUAGUUCUGCCAUUUCAUCCGUAUGUGGAAAAUGAAAAUAACAAAUUGGAAGAAAAUUAAACUGAAGUCUCUUAACUUACUGCUGAAGCACAAUUUGUAAGCCUGCGCAUGGUGGCCGAUCACCAUUGUCCAUCAUUUUUCUCAUGGUUUUAUGGACCAAAGUUAAGCAGAUUCAGUGUCUGUGACUUCUACAGGAAUAAAAUGAAACUCUGCUGCUGUGUCAGAUCAACAUCAGAGCGGUGCCAGAGCAGCUACAGUAAUCUGAAGAUUGUAGCAGGACAAGUUGGUGGGGAACUUGCACCCUGUGUGGUGAAAGGCAAUAGCUUGUGCUUCCGCAGCUGAUCCCCUUGUCUUUUCCACCUUACUCUGGGGCUCUGGCCGGCCGUGCAGAGAAUUCCACGGCUUCAGUUGAUGUAGAUACUGUCUGCUGAACUUCCCAAGCCCUCCUCCCAGACCAGCUCAGCUGCACUGAAACCACGGGGCUGCUGCUGGAGCACUCUGCAGGGAAGUGCAGUAGGAUUUGACCCAGAAAUAGAUUACAGGAGCAUUUCAGACUUUGGGAAGAAAAAGCUUUUGCUAACGGUUGUUUAAUUUGUGAGUUGCAUGAAGAUAGCAGAAAUUAGCUUGAUUCUUGGCAAAACUUUUUACUGCUCUUACUUUGUAGCUAUGUUGCAAAUCAUAACCACAACAUUUUCGAUCUUGUUUAACUGCUGUCACACAGGAAAAUACAAGAAUAAAAAGAAGUCUUACCAGCACCGUGCAGAAUCCAGUCAAAUGUCAGCAUUAGCAAGUUUUUUAAUUUGGCGAAAUAUACCAUUUCUUUUAUCUCGCAGAAAAUGAUUCUGCUUGAAGGAAGAGAAACUUAGGAAAUGUUUGGAGUUGCAGAACGCUCUGAAUCACGCGAUUUAGAACUUCCUGUUUAGAAGGGUGUUUGCUAUUGCGUUUAGCAAACUGGUUAAAGGUACAGACCAAACCAGAAAAUAUUUGUCAUUUGUGGAUUGCAUUACCUCGAAAAUGAGUGAAGUGUUUUAAAUUUGGAAUUUCUGAGCAUUCUGCCUGUAAUCCUUCCGAUUAUUUCAUUGGAUAUGACACAUGAGAGCAUGUUUUCCAGCAUGCUACAAGUGUUUGGCUUCUUAGUUUUUUAUGACCCUAUUCAGUCUUUACCAGCUAGUAGGUGGCCACUGGAGGAACUGAUUUAGUAGCCAUCCAUUGUAAUGUGGUGGUCUACUGAUGGACACUUCACAGCAAAUCAUAAUUUUCAACUUGAUGACUCUGUUUACUGUAAAUACCCAAAGCCGUCUUUAGCCAGACAGUGGGCAUAAAGAAAUAAUCUUAUAAUGCUGGAAAAGAUCUUCAUUAAAUAGUCUGUCUGUACAUACCUGCUGAACACCAGCCUCACUAGAGGAAGUUACUUUUCAGCCAGUCUGGGAACUACGAGUUAAAAAUGUAUCAAAGAUAACCUUAAAAAGGAGCCACUUCUGAAGAACAGGUGAAACCUUGAACACAUCUUGGCAACAGCUCAACAAUGGCUUGUCAACCUCCUAUUUGGAGUGGAGUGGAAUAUAAUCUGUGUCAUAUGCUUUCUGUAAGAUAAUACAACACGCAAUAAAACUUUCUUUGUAAUUUAAACAAA